GCACGCCCGCUACUUCCGCCACCAUUCUCCGGAACAACUCGGGCGACCUGGGCAGCCGGCGGGCCGCCGAUGGUCGCGGCAUGAGCGCGCCGCCGGCGCCGCGGGCGGCGGUCGUGAAGCGGCGCAUCACGCUGGCCGUGCUCACGCUCGUCAACAGCACGAACUUCUGGCAGCGGAAUCUGCUCUACGCGCUCGCGAGCGUCUGGCCGCCGAACUGCCUCGACACCUGCGAGGGCGCGACGUUCGUGCCCAUUUGUAGCAGCUGCGGCGCCGCGAGCCUCGGGAGCGAGUCCGAGGACACGUGCCGCGCGUGCCAGGAGUGCCGCAUCGAAGAAGAAUCGGAGUUCUACAGUUUACGGGAUGCCGCGUGCAUGUCCGACGCCCAGUACGGCCUGCUGGCGUCCGUGUCGUUCACGAUCAUGUUCGCGGCGAGCGGCUUGGUCGCGGGCCACCUCACGGAUCGCCUGGACGCGCGGAAACUGCACGCGGGCGCGGUGCUCGUCUGGUCCCUGUCGAGCUUCGUCAAGGUCGUGUCGCCGAAUUUUAAACUGUUGGUGUGCAUGCGCCUCAUCAUGGGCGUCGCCCAGGGCUUCAACGCGCCCUGCUCGUACCCCGUGAUAGCCUACCACUUCUCGAUGGCCGAAAGAGCGACGGCGAACGGCAUGUACUCCAUGGGCACCUACUUUGGGUCCGCGCUCUCCACGUUGUCGCUCAUCUUCGCCAUGUGGGUCGGCUGGCGCAUGACGACGACGGCGGCGGUCGUCGUGGGGAUUUUCGCCGCGGCGCUCUUGUACCUGACGGUCGACCGGCCGCCGCAGCGCUACGGCGCGACGGACGGAAGCGAGACCAUGGUCAAGGCCAUCGGCAACGCCGUCCGCUACGUGCGGCGCACGAGCCGCUUAGCCGUGCUCUACGGUUCCACAUCCCUGCGCAUGACGGCGACGGUGAGUUUGUGGACGUACCUGCCGAGUUACUACGCGCGCGCGUUCCCGCGGAACGAGGUCGCGUUUUCUCUGAUCUACGCGUCGGCGACGCUGGUCUGCGGCGCGUUGAGCUCGUCGGUCGGCGGCGCCAUCGCGGACCGCUGGGCGAAGACCCACAGCGGGGCCCACGGCUUCCUGCCGGCCGUGGGCGCGCUGCUGAGCAUCGGUCCCACCGCGGCGAUGUUCUACGUGCCGUCGUUCUCCGCGUCCGUGUGCUGCCUGCUGGUCGUCAUCCUGCUGUCCGAGUGCUGGCUCGGGCCCUGCAUGGGGCUGCUGAUCAAGGACGUGCCGCCGCACAUGACGGGCACGCAGGUCGCGCUCCUGCUGGUGUGCAACCAGCUGUUGGCGUCGCUCGGGCCCUGGGCCAUCUCGCUCGCGGACGACGGCUCCGCGGACAUCCGGCGGCCGAUCCUGUCGGUGGUCGUGACGUGCUGCCUCUGCAGCGGCGUCGCCUUCGUGGGGCUCGGCUUCAUGCACGGCGAGGAGACCGUCGCGCAGCAGCGGCCGACCUACGUCGUCGACGACGACCACCGCUCCGUCACGCUCCUCCCGGGCCGGGACCUCAUCAACACGGAGACGGCGGCGCUCCUCGCGAACAAGACGGACCCGCCGGACAAGUACCUGCGGCGUUUCGCGCGUCGCGGCGCGAAUGUGUCCGUGUCGCGCCACAUGGCGCUCACCAUCGGCGACGCCACGCACAACGUCUUCGACUUUGGCGCCGCCGGCGACGGCGAGACCGACGACACGGCCGCGCUGCAGGCGGCCAUCAACGCCUGCGCGAAGACCGGCGGCCUCGCCGUCGUGCCCGCCGGCCACACCUUCGUCAUCACGAGCGUCACCCUGAACGUCUCCCACACGGGCCUCCAGAUCGACGGCGCGCUCAAGGUCGCCGACCGCGACUACUACACGGCCAAGGCCGAGGGCAAGGACGUCAUCGUCAUCACCAAGGGCAUCACGGACGUCGCGAUCACGGGCACCGACGGCUUGAUCGACGGCGGCGGCGCGGCGUGGUGGCCCCACAAGGGCGACUUCCGGCCCCACAUGGUCGGGAGCGACCGCGCGACGCGGCUGCUCGUGCACGGCGUCACGUUCCUCAACCCGCCGAGCCACUGCCUCGAGCUCAGCGCGGCCUUCGUGGAGCUGAGCCACGUCAACAUCUUCGCGCCGCCGUCCACCGACGCGCCCGUCGUCUCCCACAACGCGGACGCGUACGACGUCCACGGCGCGUACGCGUACGUCCACGACGUCAACUUCACGACGGGCGACGACGACGUCGCCUUCCACGCGAACCACACGCUCGUCGAGAACUCCUACUUCGGCACGGGCCACGGCGCGUCCAUCGGGAGCCUCUGCGACGCCUGGGUCACGAACGUGACCGUGCGGAACGUCGUCUUCCACGGCACGACGGCGGGCUGCCGCAUCAAGACGCGGCCCAAGUGCGCGGGCCGCGUCUGGGACGUGCUCUACGAGAACCUGACGAUGACGGACGUCGAGAUGGUCUUCGAUAUUUCCAUGUUCUACGACAACGACCACCCCUACCCCAAGGACAAGAAGACCACACUCAAAAUCGAGGACGUGACGUUCCGCGACGUGACCUCCGCAAACCACAAGUUCUCGGGCUCCUUCUACUGCGACGAGGACAGCCCCUGCGAGCGCCUGACCUUCGACCGCGUCCACCUCGUCACGGACGACGCGUGGACCUGCAAGCAGUCGCGGAGCGGCGACGCGUGCUGCAGCCACUCCAAGGGCACCGCGACGGACGUCCAGCCCGCCGGGCUCACGGACUGCUUCGCGCACUCCCUGUGACCUUUUUAAGUUGUGCCAUGUU